AUGUGUGCAUCCAACAGCCAACAACGUCUAUUUCUCCAGCCAUUUUGGGAUUAUAUUCUUGAUAAAUUUGAUGACCGAGUGGGCUCCCCAUUUUUCCCAGUCUUGCUGGCCUUUUCUGGAUAUGUUUUGUUCAGUUUCCCCUUCGCUGUUGCGGAUCUGCUGGGAAAACGAUGCCACUUCUUUUACCAAUACAAAAUCCAGAAGGAGAAACACCCAACCAAAAUGAUGAUGUGUAUGUGUAUCUGGAAAGCUGUUUCCAACCACCUGGUCUAUGUCUUCCCAGUGGUUACGGUGAUAUGGUUUUGCAUGCCUCCACCACCUUUGCCAGCCACUGCUCCCUCUGUGUGUACUCUUCUUGGGGAAGUUUUUGGUUGUCUUCUCUUGUUUGACUUUCAGUAUUUUGUAUGGCAUAUACUACACCAUAAAAACCACUGGCUCUACAAGAAGGUCCAUGCUAUUCACCACAAAUAUAUUGCCCCGUUCUCCUGGUCAAGUCAAAACCUUGGAGGCUAUGAGUUGAUGACCGUUGGCUUCUGGAGUAGCACCAAUCCCAUUAUGUUAGGGUGCCAUCCACUUACAGCCUGGGUAUGCAAUCUGCUUAGCAUCUGGAUGUCUGUGAAUGACCAUAUUGGCUACGACUUGCCCUGGUCUCUUAGCCACAUCUUACCUUUUGGGUUAUAUGGUGGAGCCCUGGCACAUGACUUACAUCACCAGAAACCAGAAACAAACUUUGCUCCUUUUUUUGGCCACUGGGACUUGAUUUUUGGAACAUCUAGUUUUGAGGAUUAUAGAACAUAG